AUGAGUGAUUAUCAGAUUACUUCAAACGAGCUCCCUGCUCCCACUUAUCGCCAUAAGAGAAGAUUAACUGGGUUUUCUCUCAACGAAAUCAAAUCAAUUGAAGCUCAAAUCCCCUUGUCCUCCAGAUCCCUAUGGAAAAAAUUUGCUGUAAAGGAAUUUUCUGAGAAAUCUGAUUUCGAAAGAGAUUUCGUUCACCACAUCGAAACAACUUUGGCUAGAUCAAUGUACAAUUGUGAUGAUUUGGCUGCUUAUCAAGCUGCUUCCAAUACUGUUCGUGAUAAGUUGAUUGUAGAAUGGAAUGAAACACAACAAUUCCAAACCUUGAAGGACCCAAAAAGAAUCUACUAUUUGUCCUUGGAAUUUCUCAUGGGCAGAGCAAUGGACAAUGCAAUGCUAAACGCUGGCGUUAAAGACUUGGUUAAAGACUCUCUCUCUGAAUUGGGUUUCAAUUUAGAAGACAUCUUGGAACAAGAACCUGAUGCCGCUCUAGGUAAUGGUGGUUUAGGAAGAUUGGCAGCUUGUUUUCUCGAUUCUUUAUCAACUGGUAAAUAUCCCUCUUGGGGUUAUGGUUUGAGAUACCAAUAUGGUAUCUUUGCUCAAAGAAUUAUUGAUGGUUAUCAAGUUGAAACUCCUGAUUACUGGUUGACUUUUUCAAACCCAUGGGAAAUCCCAAGACACGAGAUUCAAAUUCCUGUCGACUUCUAUGGUUUUGUUGAAGAAGAGUUUAAUCCCCAAACCAAUGAAACCAAAAAAAUUUGGAAAGGUGGCGAAAGAGUUAUCGCUGUUGCUUAUGAUUUCCCCAUCCCUGGUUACAGCACUAAAAAUGUUAAUAACCUAAGAUUAUGGUCUGCAAAGCCAACUACUGAAUUUGAUUUCUCAAAAUUUAAUUCUGGUGAUUACCAAAACUCUGUUCGUUUGCAACAAAGAGCCGAAUCAAUUACCGCUGUCUUGUAUCCAAACGACAAUUUUGAUCAAGGUAAAGAACUAAGAUUGAAACAACAAUACUUCUGGGUUGCUGCAUCCCUUCAUGAUAUCGUCAGAAGAUUCAAGAAAACAAAAAGACCAUGGUCUGAAUUCCCUCUUCAAGUUGCUAUCCAAUUAAAUGACACCCAUCCAACUCUAGCUAUCGUUGAAUUACAAAGGAUCUUCAUUGAUUUAGAAGGUUUUUCUUGGGAUGAUGCCUGGGAAAUUGUUGUUAAAACAUUUGGUUACACAAAUCACACAGUCAUGCAAGAAGCUUUAGAAAAAUGGCCUAUCCCAUUAUUUGAAAGAUUAUUACCAAGACACUUGGAAAUCAUCUACACUAUCAACUUUUUCUUUUUGCAACAAGUUGAAAAGAAAUUCCAAUCAACUUAUUCACAAAAAGAAUUGGAAAAUUUGUUAUCAAGUGUCUCUGUCAUCGAGGAAUACUACCCAAAACAAGUCAGAAUGGCUAACUUGGCUAUUAUUGGUUCUCACAGAGUUAACGGUGUAGCUGAAUUACACUCUGAAUUAAUCAAAACAACCAUUUUCAAGGAUUUCGUCAAGGUUUACGGCGAUAAAAAGUUCACAAAUGUUACCAAUGGUGUUACUCCAAGAAGAUGGUUAAGAGAAGCUAACCCAGAAUUAGCCGAAUUGAUUGCCUCAAAAUUAGGUGGUUAUGAAUAUUUGCUUAAUUUGAACUUGUUGAAAAAUUUAGAAAACUAUCUUGACGAUAAGGAUUUCAAACACAAAUGGGAUAUAGUCAAGUUGAAUAACAAAUUCAGAUUAACUAAAUUGAUCAAAAAAUUAACUGGUAUUGAAAUUAAUCCAACUGAGUAUUUAUUUGAUAUUCAGGUCAAGAGAAUUCAUGAAUAUAAAAGACAGCAAUUGAAUAUCUUUGGUGUCAUUCACAGAUAUCUUUGGAUCAAAUCACUAUCACCAAAAGAAAGAAAAUCAUUGGUUCAACCAAAGGUCUAUGUCUUUGGUGGUAAAUCUGCUCCAGGUUACUACAUGGCUAAAUUAAUCAUUAAAUUAAUUAACGCUGUUGGUGAGUUAGUUAAUAAUGAUGCAGAUGCUGAAGGAUACUUGAAAUGUAUCUUUGUUCCUGACUAUAAUGUUUCAAAAGCUCAAAUUAUUAUCCCUGCUUCUGAUAUUUCAGAACAUAUCUCAACCGCUGGUACUGAAGCCUCUGGUACUUCAAAUAUGAAAUUCGUUCUUAAUGGUGGUUUAAUUAUCGGUACCGUUGAUGGUGCUAACGUUGAAAUCACUAGAGAAAUCGGUGAAGAUAAUAUCUUCUUAUUUGGUAAUUUAGCUGAAAAUGUUGAAGACAUUCGUCAUGCUCAUAGAUAUGCCCCUCACUUGGAAUUACCUGAAUCACUUAAACAGGUGUUUGAAGCAAUUGAAUCAGGUAAAUUUGGUGAAGGUGAUGAAUAUAAACCAUUAUUAGAUUCAGUCAGAUACCAUAAAGAUUAUUAUUUAGUCUCAGAUGAUUUUGAUAGUUAUUUACAAGCUCAAGAAUUAAUCGACGAGGCUUAUAAAGAUCGUGAUGAUUGGAUUCAAAAGUCUAUCAUCAGUGUUGCAAAUAUGGGAUUCUUCAGUAGUGACAGAUGUAUUGAAGAAUAUGCUGAGAUGAUUUGGGACGUUGAACCAUUAGAAAGAGAUUGA